UAAUAUUCUAUAUUAAUGGAGAGCACAACUGAAACUUCAGUUUCAGACAAUGAGCUGACUUGCAUAUAUUGCAUGCUAGAUUUACCAGAAGAAGAGAAAGGGAUGAAAUGUCCAUCUGGGCAUUACUUCUGUCCAGACUGUACUGUUGCUUGUAUUCAAAAUGGUCUUGCUAAUCCUGAAGAGUGACUUCCCUACAAAUGCUACAAGUGUCAGGAAGAGUUCAAUUUUGAUACGAUUAUUUCCCUAAUGACAGACAUUCAAAAGCAGAAACUUAUACUGCACCAAACUGUCAUGGGAUUUGGUAAAGAUAAGUUUCAAAUACUCAAUUGUCCCUUUUGAAACGAGAUGGUAGUUUGGGAUAAAGAUUCAAGCACUAAUUUGUUCUACUGCCCAAAUGAGAAAUGAAAAUAAAGGAAGCUGUACAAUUUGAAGCCAGGAAUUUAAGAUCCCAAACAAAAACGAGUUCACUAAAGAAGAAGAAAAUAAAAUGAAGAAAGAUGGGAUGCUUAAACAUCACAACUGUUUAAAGUACAAAACUAUGAAAGAUGAUUGGGACGAAGUAAUUUCUAAAGGAAUAGCAAGAGAAUGUCCUGGAUGCCAUGCAAAAGGAGUUAAGAGCCCAGACUGUACUCAUAUGAAAUGCUCUAAUUGUGGUACAUCUUGGUGUUAUUUUUGUGGGCUUGAUGAGAAGGAUUGUGAUAAAGAGGAUCCUAAAGGGAAUAUUUAUCAGCACAAUGAGGAUUGGGACAAGAAUCCUAAAAGAUGCCCAAUGUAUCUGCUUGAAAUCCAUGAGAUCGACAAUAGAUGGAGCAAGGAUCAUGAUACUAAGUGCUUAAAUUUCCUUCACAAUAUUCUUCGAGCAACAGCUAUCAAAGACUUCUUCAAGAAAUACACUGAAAAACAAUUCCAAGAACUAUGUGAUACAUUCGACGAGGUAAAGAAUCAUGGGCUAGACCUUGAGAAAGCUAAAAAGAUGGAUUUGACUCUAAUCAAAAGAUAGCUCCCUUCUAAUUUCCAAACCCCAGGCUCCAACAAUGUCGCAAUAUAUUCA